GCGUACGUAGGUACGUACCAAGUACGAUUGCGAGUACUGUAGAUUUCAGUACAGCAGGGUGCAAUAGAAGCAACAUUAGCACCAGCAGCGGCAAACAGCGCCCCGAAAAUUCGUUGUGAAGCGUACCGUCGACAGAGACGAUUCUGGUGCUGUGCCCCAUCAAAACGAUUGUUGACCGUCGGAAUCACAGUCUAUCAAGUACUUUGAUCCUCUACUAUCGCGUUGAAGCAACAUUCUUUGAUUUAUAAAGAGAAGAGAUUUGAUCAUGGGAGGCCGUAACAACCCCGCMGCAGAACCGAAGACAACUCAAGACGUGGAUGCCAUGGCAGCCGCCAGGAUCCCCUUGGCCUAUCGAGACAAGUGCGGACACCUUUUGAUUGAUUUGAACAAGUGCCGACGAGAAAACAAAUUUAAGAUGUGGGAAUGUGGGCAUGAGCGCCAUACAUAUGAGGAAUGCGAAUAUUAUGCCUGGAUGGAUCGUUGCGCUCAGAAAAAGAAUGGAUCCGCCUAAGGCGAACUAUCGCAGCAAGUCCAUGAUAAAAAUAUCAUCUGUGAUUAUAGCGUCUACGACGAUUUGAAUUAUUUUUGAUCGGGGAAACGCAUGAAAGUGAUCCAGGGAUGAUUGAGCUGUUCAUGAAGCUACAGCGACACGCAAAUACUGAAUGCAUUCAAUUUUACGGAAAAGAAAGUUCCACGAACUUUCUUUUUAUGAAUGAUCGUAGGAUUGGAGUCACUCUCUAAGAAGUAUUGAUGUUGAUUGACAGCAUUAAAAAACAAUAGAAAUUUUUAAACAUC